GCCAAAGCACAUGACAUGGCGUAGCGAUCUACGACAAUCGUAGUCGUGGACGUAAGUAACGCACAAGCUUUGGCGUAGUGCGUUAUGUCGUAUGGCGAGUGAUGGCGAGGUACGAGCAAGCUGCUAAAACCAAAGGUUAGCGGCAUUUACGGAUCAACGCCCGAUGUACUGACGAUACUCGACGUCGCGCUGCUACCCUUACCAGAAUCGUUAUUGCCUAUACGCGCGCUGGAAGAACGAUACACCAUUGCAGCACGCCGCAUUGCUGCGGAAACGUGCGGAUGCUCAAAAGAAGAUCAAGUCGAUUAUGAAGCACAUCCAGUUGUAUGACAACCUGAUAAGUACGUAUAAAAUGUGUGCCUUCUGCCAUUAUAAUCAUUUUCGCAAAGGAAAAUUGUAACAUGGUCAUCGUAUUGGAUGCCAGGACCUGUCUUUGACUCCUAUCCCCGGGACGACUGGCUACCUGGGCUACGAAGUGAAAAACAAGAUGAAAAAUAAAAACUAUUUCUUAUUAUUAAUUGGAUGUGUACAUAUAAUUUGCUAAUGCGUAAAAAGAAACAAAAAAGAUGGCUGCUAAAAGAUAGGCGAUGGCAUACUAGACCUAUAAAUCAAAUUAGAGCACGACAUGGGGAUUAUAAAAAUUUAUUUCAAGAAUUAAAAAAUGAUAGUAAAAUGUUUUACCGCUAUACCAGAAUGACACUUGAACACUUUAUGAAGCUUCUGGAAUUAAUAGCACCACAUUUAAGGAAAACCAGUAAACGUGCUCUUGUUCCAGAACAUAGACUUAUAAUAGCUCUCAGGUAUCUUGCUACAGGUGAUUUGCCAUUAUCGAUAGCGAUGGCAUUUCGAGUCGGUGAAUCCACUGUUAGAAAUAUAAUAAAGGAAGUUGGUCUAGUAUUGAUUAAAGUAUUACAACCGAUAUAUCUUGCUUCUCCUGUUGAGGAAGACUGGAAAAAAUGUGCAGACGGUUAUUGGAAUAGGUGGAAUCUUCCUAAUUGCGUUGGCUCGGUAGAUGGAAAACACAUAAGGCUAAAGUGUCCUCCAAAUUCUGGGACUUUAUUUUACAAUUAUAAAAAAUAUUAUAGUAUCGUUUUAAUGGCAGUGGCAGAUCAUUUAUACAGAUUUACCUUAGUUGAUAUACGGGCUUAUGGAGGAAACAGCGAUGGGGGAAUUUUUAGUGAUUCUCAGAUAAGAUUAAAUUUAAAUAAUGAGCAAUUAAAUUUACCGAAAGGAACUAUUAAUCUUCCCAGUAGUACUUUGAAGACAUUUGGGUUUUUCAACGAAACACAUUAUGCGAAUACUUUGUCUCUCCAACUGGAGAAUUGGCGUGGCAGUACGACUUUAUCCGUAGAGGUGUACAUGCAGAUAAUUAAACUUAAGUGUAAACAUAAAUAACUUAUCUAUGUUCAAUUCGAUCUGUAAAAAACAAGAUUAUUAUUGUAAUACGCAUCGUAAAAAUAAAAUUAUUUCUUACUAACGUAAA